CGAAAUUCUGUUUACUAGGUCGUCGUUAUUUACGUACUGCAUAUAAAAGUUUUCUCUUUUGUCACUUAAUGGUCACAUUCAAAUGAAGUGUAUAAGACAAGGCUACGUACUGUGAACAAGGAUAAAUAAUAUAUUCGUUGUAUGGGUUCUUCAACAUCAAAGCAUCCCUUCAAUGCGAAUUUUUUUUCAGAAACGUUUCUCGCUGACAUAGGUUGUGACGAUAAAGGUACCGUUUUGUGCAAGGAUGAGGGUUUGCCAUGUCUAAAUGGUGGAGUUUGCGCACUUUAUAUAUCCGAAAUCGAUGACAAGUGCAUUAAACGCUGCAAGUGUACUGAUGAUUACAUUGGUGAUUACUGUCAAUUCUAUGCUGGAUUCUAUUCUGCUACAAUCGGUUUAGUCGUUGGACUAUUUGUUACACUUUUAAUAAUCUUGUUCGCGGUUAUUUUAAUUUGGUAUUGUUGCGCACGGAAAAAACGAAGAGAAAAAGAAAAUUACCAAGCUGAACGAUUGCCACCGAGAACAUGUUUGUCUAAUCGAAUUAAUCGAAAUAAUAUGGUUUGCGAAAGUAGUCGUGCAAUGAUGAAUAGGAAUAAUAAUGAUAGUAAUAAUCCAAACAAUGAAACUGAUGUGAACAAUGUUACACCAUAUGCUAGUUUUGUUAAUCUAGCACCAGGACAGACACGAGGAUACUCUACUUCGCAAUCGUUUAGUGUAUACGAAAAUGUUGGUUGGGGUGAAGAGUUCGACUCAUCUAAAUAUGAUUUAAAUGAUCCGAUGUCAACUUAUACUUACGAAACACAAGGUCAAGUUCAUUUAGUUGAAAUUGAUAAUUCAACUGAAACAUACUUAAAUAGGAAUACAAUUGAUGAUAAAGAAACUUCUUAUUCAGAAUAUGGUUUAUUAACUGAAAGAUCAGUAACAGCACAACCAGUAUUGCCUAAUCAACGGGAGAUGAUUGCUUAACAAAGAAAUAUCCUAACUAUAUAAUAUAAAAAUUAGCAGAUAUGUACGUUCAAUUUACUAAGUCAAUUUACAAUACUUUUCCUAAAAUUACUAUACACAUAAAACUUGGCUACAUAUCAAAACAUUUUUUUAAUACAGAUACAACUAAUCAAUUUAUUUCUUGUAAAAACUGUCUGGAAAACAUUUCUGAAAGCACAGGUUAUUAAUCACCAUCAUCAUCAUCAUCAUGAUACAACAAUUAUUUCAAUUUGCUUCUUUCAAGAAAGUUAAAUAGUAAGAAAUAAACCAUUUCCAUCCUUGUAUAAUAUUCAAUAAUAGAUUAUAUAUGAAUAUUCUUAAGUUUUGUUUUGCUUCUAUGUUUAUCUUCCCUGUUUCUUAUUUUGCGCUCUGACUUCAUUUUAAUCAAUUCUAUUAUUUAACAUUACCAAAGUUCAGAUAAAGUGAUUAAUUUAUAAGUUUCCUUAUGAUUUCAUUCUAUUUCAUUUUGUUUACAGAUGAAAAAAAGCAAACUAUUUAUUAGAUUGAAAAUAAAAAGUAUCUUAUAUUUUAAAAUCUUUUGAUUCGCACUUCAUUUUUAAACAAACUACACAAAUCACUAUUGUGUUUCUGUAUGAAUAAAUGUAUGUACAAAUAACAGACAGGUUCAUUCUUCACAUUGCAUUCAGCUUAUGCAAUAUUUCUAUAUUUCUAUAAAUUCACACUUGAUUACUAAUAAACUGUAAAAAAAACAAGAGUUAGAAACAAAAAAAACGUCUUUCAUUAUAAUACAAACUGCCUUCUGUUCUGUACUGUUUCUUUUAGUCUAAUUAUCGAAUAGGGUUUAUGGUAAAUAGAUUUUGCGUCUAAAAAUAAUUUGUAUUGUUUUGUGUACUGGAAAACAUGAAGUUACUUACCACUUUCAAAUCAUUCUCAUUACGAAUCGCCAUUGAAAGUAUAUAGGACCAUAUAUUUGCUGUUUUGUUUCAUAUUCAGGUCUUUAUUGAUUUUUAGCUGAUCUUAGACUGCG